AUGCCAUACCACGAAGACCCAGAAUCCGGCGAUAGCGAGAGCGAAAUACCGUCCUCAGAAGACGAAGCUGCAUACGAGGGAGGCACUCUGAUGAUCUCAGGUCAGAACUCGGAGCGCGUAAAAUACGCCCCUGCCGGGUCUAUUUGCGAGGCCCGCAACGUCUACAAGACGAAGUCGGACAGAGCGGAUCGCACGACGUGGACAAAGGAGUACCCUGACGACCUCACUGUCCCGGUCGAGAAUACUGAAUCUGGCCAGUACGCGCUGAUUGUGCGGAAUAUGAAGAGCUACGAUGGCCGUAAACCCCUUCAGAUUCACUCGAUUAUCGUUCAAAAUGACUUGCUCAAGAAAUUCCUGAAUAAACUCUUCAAGGGCUACCCCGGCGUGACGAUGACGCUGAAACGGGUUGAAAUCGAGACGCCCUUCAUGCCGUUUAUCCACCGACUUCUGGAAGAAGAACUUGGUGAGAUCAUUACCCACAAGAAGGACCUCAUCCACAAUGGUGUGAUCACUCACGCCUUUCUUUGGGCAAUUUUUGAACCGGGAGCCCAUCUUUAUUGUGUCGAUGACGAUCAUGAGCGUGUCUUCGAAUUGCUGUCGACCACGUUGAAUUCCGAUGGGGUAUUCGGUGUGUCCUCCAUGUACAUCGACUAUGAUGGAACUAGCUUUGGAUAUAGGAUGCAUGACGAACGCAUCUGUCUGUUCGAAGGUACACUGCCAAUUACUGCCCUACCCAUCUUCCCUCUAAAGUUUCACCCGAAGGUAGGCGCCGUGCGGGAGAAUCUCAUUGCCCGGGGGAAAUUGUGGGAGGAAUACAGCGGAUAUCACUACAAGCAGUACGAAGGACCUGGGUCCGCCAAGUUCAUGGGACGACACAUCCAGAUCAGCGUCAAGAGCCGGAUCAUUAUUGACGGCGAGGCGUUCAAUACCUUCAACCCCAACCACUCUAUCAAGGUUGAUCCCUGCCUCAAACCACUCAACGAUGAAAAGCAGCUUCUGGCGACUCCCAUGCUGCGUGGGUACUCACUGAAGGAUAAAAAGUGGCUCGAAGUCCCUCUCGAAGGGGUGCGGGAUAUUGUCUGGGACUCACAAGCCUUCGACUCGUUGGUCCUUCCGGCAGAGCAGCAGCGGCUGAAAUGUCUGAUACUGGCCAUCGCAAAGGCUCAGUCCAAGCAGAUGGAUACCUUUGACGAUGUCGUGCAGGGCAAGGGUCGGGGCGUCAUUCUACAGCUGAGUGGUCCUCCUGGAGUAGGAAAGACGCUCACGGCCGAGAGUGUGGCAGAGGCCAUGCGGGUUCCUCUGUACGUCCUGAGUGCGGGCGACCUCGGCACAUCCGCUGGGAACGUCGAGAAGGCGUUGAAAGAUAUCCUUCGCAUGGUCCCGAAGUGGGGUGCGGUUCUGCUGCUGGACGAGGCGGAUAUGUUUAUGGAGACGCGCAAUGCGACAGAUCUGGUGCGAAAUGAGUUGGUUUCGAUCUUUUUGCGACUGUUGGAAUAUUACAAGGGUAUUUUGUUCCUAACGACCAAUCGCGCCGAAAGCAUUGAUCCGGCUUUUGAGUCGCGAAUCCAUAUGUCGAUCUGGGCACAGUUCCUGGGUGGCAGUAGGGGAUUCUUAUCGGAACAGCUGGACUCUCUUGCCCAGGUGAAACUAAAUGGCCGGCAGAUUAAGAAUGUGCUGAAGACAGCGCAUCUUCUGGCGUGCGAGCAGGACCUUGACAUCGAGUAUGAUCAUGUUCGGGCGGUUUUGGGCUUGCGAGCUGCGAAUCUGAUGGAUGUGGCUCAUUGA